GCGACCUGGCUCCUGUGGUUACCAUGGACUUCCUCCCAAAGCAUCCCAAGCAGCCAAGGAGAAAGAGAUGAAGUGCACGUAGAAACGACAGAGACGAUUAGGGGAAUAACCGAAAAAAAGUGGUGCGAGCCACAUUCAUUAAAAAUGAACAUAUUGUAGCUGAGAGACAUUUUAAUCUGAUUUAAUCCAGCGGACUCCUUUAGCCAACCUACCCGGCUAGCACGCUCCUCCUCCGGCCUUGAACGUGUUCGCUCUGGAUUACAGACUUCAAAGUGCAAGCUGUUCCAUGUCGGCCUGGCUUUGACAUGAGGUGCAGCCACGUUCAUGCCAAGAGGCACCAUGGCUGCUAAGGUGAAGUGGGUGACGGACAUCGAGAAAUCUGUUCUUGUCAACAACUUUGAGAAGAGAGGAUGGGUGCAAGUGACAGACAGCGAGGACUGGAACUUUUACUGGAUGAGCAUCCAGACCAUUCGUAAUGUGUUUAGUGUGGACACGGGCUACCGUUUGUCUGACGAUCAGAUGGUAAACCAUUUUCCGAACCACUAUGAGCUGACAAGGAAGGAUCUGAUGAUCAAGAACAUCAAACGCUACAGGAAGGAUUUGGAGAAGGAGGGAAGUCCUCUGGCAGAGAAAGACGAAAAUGGAAAAUACAUUUACCUGGAUUUUGUGCCGGUGACGUUCAUGCUGCCAGCUGACUACAACCUGUUUGUUGAAGAGUUCCGUAAGAGUCCAUCCAGCACAUGGAUCAUGAAGCCAUGUGGAAAGGCUCAGGGUAAAGGCAUCUUCCUCAUCAACAAACUGUCACAGAUCAAGAAAUGGUCCAGAGACAGCCGCACUUCCACGUUUGUGGCAGCUAACAGCGGGAAGGAAGCUUAUGUGAUCUCGCUGUAUAUUGAUAAUCCGUUGUUGAUUGGUGGGAAAAAGUUUGAUUUGCGACUGUAUGUUCUGGUUACGACCUACAGGCCGCUUAAAUGUUACAUGUAUAAACUUGGAUUUUGUCGAUUUUGCACUGUUAAAUACACCCCCAGCACUAGCGAACUGGACAACAUGUUUGUGCAUCUUACGAAUGUUGCAAUCCAGAAACAUGGGGAUGAUUAUAACCACGUGCAUGGUGGUAAAUGGACGGUCAGUAACCUGCGUCUGUAUCUUGAGAGCACCAGAGGAAAGGAGGUCACCAACCAAGUCUUUGACCAAAUUCACUGGAUCGUGGUGCAGUCACUUAAAGCUGUGGCUCCUGUUAUGAACAAUGACAAACACUGCUUCGAGUGCUACGGCUAUGACAUCAUCAUCGAUGACAAGCUGAAGCCGUGGCUUAUUGAAGUGAAUGCCUCUCCUUCACUCACCUCCAGCACAGCUAAUGACCGCAUUCUGAAGUACAAUCUCAUUAACGACACACUCAACAUUGUUGCUCCCAAUGGUGAAAUCCCAGACUGCCGAUGGAACCGUACCCCACCCAAAGAAGCUCUGGGAAACUAUCAAGUGCUCUAUGAUGAAGAACAGGCACUAAGCGAGAACGCUGACCUGCGGAGCCGCUCAGGUCAGUCUCUUGGGUCAAAGAGCACAAGGUCAAGCAGCGUUCGUCCCAUCCCAGCCACGUGGAAGUAAGAUCAUGAUUUCAAGCGGCACACCUCUGCAGCUUCUAUCUCAUGGUGGAUAGAAGGAUUGUGGGAAAAUGUGCUCAUUCUAUUGCCCAAUCUAAAUCUGUGGACCUUGGCUGACUGUGGUCCUGUGGCAUUCAGUGCCCUCAACGUCCACACAAAUCUGCGAGGCCACAUGGCGGAGAGUGUGUGAAAACCGCUAAUGAGAGGGCACUUCAGCUUAAGCCACAUUCAUGGUUGGUGUUGACAACAAGACCUACACAUUUGCACAAGAAUUGUGUUACUUAAUUUGGAUGACAUUUGUUUGUCUAAAAUUUUUAUUUAUAUCUAUUAUAAUAUUAUAAUGAACUCUUUCUGUUUCAUUUACAUCAUCACGUGAGUUUCACUAUGAAUUUUGAGGAACUCCACAAGCAAAUUCAGACAGUCUGCGUUAUCCCUGUUACAGUCUAGAUUAAUUUUCUGGGUAACACGCAUGUCUGCAAAAAGACUGGAAAUUUAGAUUGGGCUUGUCUGUGGCUGAUCAUCAAAAUGUUCUUGCACUUCCUUAACAUACUGAGAAGAAUGAGAAUUCACCGAUACACCCUUUUGCAUGACAUUUAAGAUUCCUCCAAGGAGGCUGGAAAAGCCUAGGAAGAAGAAUUCCCCCCUUUUUUUGCAUGAUGCUACCAACUCACGCUGAAUCAUCAAAUCUACUGCAAAAUCCUGAUGGAGAAAGAAUGAAUAAAAGGGACAAAGUGAUUCCAUCAGAGAAACAUGCCUCUAGUCUUCAAGCUUUUAAAUGUGGCUGAUUAAGCUACUGUCAAGGGAUCGUUGUUUUUGUAUUUUGUAUUGUCUUUUUAUGUGACUUGUUUAUUGUUUAAGGAAUGUACUCUAGAUUAUGUUCAGCUAUUUAUUAUGUAUUAUGUAUUGCCUUACAUACUGUUCAGUGGUCAGUCCUAUUGCACUAUGAAGCGCCUGCUGUAAAAAGGCCGGGGACACAAUGACAAUGGCACUCUGACCAAAGACAUUAGCAACUUGCUUCCAAAAUAACUGGCUGUGUGCCCUCUUACGUAUGGACUGUGCAGCCUUAUUUUACUUAAGCUUGCAUAAAAUGUCAGAGAUACAAUGAACUGUCCAAAUUUACUGGCUCUGCUCUCAGUCUCCACCUUUUCAUGUGUCAGUGAAGUUGGCCAAGACCACGUUUGAAUAAAAGCUUUUCGUUCCUGCUGUGUCAUCUACCAAA